CCUGCCCACGACGUCCCAAAGCGAGAAGGAGGGCGCUGAUGAGGCCGACGUGGCCGUGACGUUCCACAGAGACGAUCGGCCGCCGGAGGAGGCGGCGGCGGUCUUGUCCCCGACGGAGGCCGCCGCUCUGGGCUGCCACGUCUCCCCGCGUGGCUCUCGCCUCGCCCUCCGCUGCCCCUCCCCCUCCCCGCUCUCACACUUUGUCAAGGAGAGGGGAGUAGAUCUAGAGAUCAUCAGAGCAACCAUCCUGUACCGACUCCAGAGCGACUUCCUGGCUGUGGACGCCACCGUUUCCUGUUCUCGGAGUUAGUUUUGCAUUAUCAGUCUUGCAUUAUUUGACAAGUGUAAAAUACCAGAGUGAAACGUCUCCUCGUCUCCCGCCCUAGACGAGGCGACGGCGGACGGGUCCGACCUGCUGUGGUCGGUCCCGUACGUCCUGUCGGCGCUGGUCCACGGGCGCUUCAGGGACAGAGGCUUCAGCCUCGGAGUGAACGGGCGAACUCUGAGUGAGACCGAGCACCAGGGAUACGAGGUGAGCCUGCGGGGGGGCAGGGUGGAGCUCAGGAUUCCUGCAGGAGCCCACGGCGGAAACAUUAAGAGCGGGGUUGUGAGGGGCCGCUACAGCCAGUCCAUGACGGCCGAUCUGUUCCUCGUGAGGCGCUGGGAGGACGAGCGCUGGCCCCUCACGCAGCAUCGCUCCUUCAGGCGCCUGAAGACGCCUCUCGUCCCAAAGAGCCCGGCCCUCACUGACAACACGUUGUCCUCCGAGGGAUUGUUCUCCGUCACUUUAGGCCUCUUUGCGCCUGAUGUUUCCCUCCAGAAGGUCACGGUAGACGGUGUCGGUGACCUUCUCAUCUGGACCCCCAGCGACACCGACGGCCUCAGUGUGUCCAGGAUCUCCUACCUCAACGGGAGCCACUCCUACCUGCUUAGUUUCCUGUUGUCACACCCAAAAAUAAUCCCAGAGUACAUAGGUGGUGGCUAUGAGACGUACAGUCUCUCUUUUACCUUUAUUCUUCGCAUCUCCCCCAGCGGAGAGGUGUUUUACCAUCACGCCACAGUGGAGGAGAGCGUAGCAUACACAGCGCCACCGUCCCCCAAGCUGCAGGGGAAGUGCACCGAGAGCAGCCUGCUGGUGCUGCUGCACCACGGGGCCCACAGAGAGCUGCAGUGGGAGCUCUUCCUCGGGGCUCGCAAGCUGGACUGGGACCUGGUGGAGAUGGGCGGCUUCCUGGUGAAGGCCGAGGAGGACUUCCUGACCGUGGAGAUCCCCCUUUACAGCGUUGGCAUGAACUUUGCGGAUCUGACGUUGGGGGGUCUGGUCUCUGGAGUGGAAGUGUCUGUUGUGGACGCCGAGUCUCUGACCGUGAAGGACACUCUGGUCCAUAAAUGCACCUUUGCCGUUGUAGAACUACUGGUGUGUUUGCCAGAAGGGAGGAUGGUGGCGGUCGUGGACACCACCCACACCAUCCCGCCCACUCAGCCCAGCCGGACCACCCUGUUGGACCCCAGCUGUGUUCCCUCGGAGACGGACAGCGCCAGAGCCCUGUUCAACUUCAGCCUGGACUCCUGUGGGACGACUGUAACUACUGAGGGAAGUUUCCUUGUUUAUGAAAACCAGAUCAGUUACCCUCAAGACUUUCUGCCUUUGGAUGAUCCUCUCAUACACAGAGAUUCUCCAUACAGGCUGACGAUUCAGUGUCGCUACCCAGCCAACCAGAGCAGCGCUGUCGCUGUCCAGCACCCUCUGAACUCCUCUCUGGACCUUUCGACCAUACCAGUCAGACGCAGACGCAGGAAAGCUGCAAACACAGGCCAAAUAAAAUGGAGGGUGAAUUUGGAGAGACAGCAGAACCUAAAUCUAGUUUCAGUGUGGACCACAUGGACGCUCGUCUCCAUCCUGCUGCUGCUGACGCUCGGCUCGUUGGUUUCUUCAUACGUGACUUGAGAAUGAAAUAAAUGAACACUGUUGUUUUA